AUGCCAUGUUGUAACGCCCAUCUACAUCCGGUCUGGAACAAUACGGCGAAAACAGCUCCGAGGCAAGAUGGCGCAAGGUAAACAGAAGUUCAAAGCGCAGCCCGGUGGAACCAAGAAACCUCAAAAAAACAAAGGUCCCAGAAAAGGAGGGAGGUCGAUCGCACCGAAGAAGGUUAAAGUGGUACAGCAACAGCAGUUGAAGAAGGGCCUGGAGGUGGCGAUCAGGAACAAGAUAGAGGAAGAGGUGACUCACCGAGCCAGUACGAAACUCCACAAGAGACUGAGUAUUGUGAAGGGGGCGGAGGUGAAACCAACCCCCUCUAAAGGAAACAACCAUCCCAACCACCCUGCACCCAGCACCUCCAAAUAAACUCUGUUAUUCUGUCUGUCUGCUCUGACUGCUUUCGCUGUGCUAGAUAGAAGUUAAAUAUGUCUCCCAGAUGGCACCCUAUUCCCUAUAUAGUGUUAUACUUUUUGAACAGGGGCCCAUAGGGCUCUGUCUAAAGUAGUGCACUGUGUAGAGAGUAGGGCGGCAUUUGGAACGAAUACAAUGUGUUUGGCACUGCUGUAUGGACUGACAUGAAGUCCUGUACGUCACGGCUGAGGAGUGUAAUAUCCACGUCUCCAAUAGAUGGUGCUGUAGUAGUCAGUGUUGGUGAGUUUUUCUGGUAGAAUUGGCUGCUUGCUAUCGCCUCGAGGAGACAAGGAAAGGAGACGAGGAACGUGAGGAUGCCAACAGAGGAAUAUUGAGAUGCACCCUAGAUAGUCAACGGUCGACAUUUGGGAUCUCUGUCGUGUGUAUUGAAGGGGCCAUCGAGUAUUUAGUUUUGUGUGAUUCUUGUCUCGUGUUGCACUGUCUUCAGAACUGAGACACACGUUUCUCCCAUAUACUGUAUUCCAAUGCAAAGGACGUGAAUAAAAAACGAUGGACAUUU